UCAUUCAUGGCAAAGCGCAGAAAGUAAAAGCCUACUGCGUAGUGCCACUAGAAAAAUCUUGUUCCCUCCAAUUUCCCAACCCUGUCAAAAUUCACGCCGAGACUACCCACAAAGGCCGAACCGCACAGCCACCGUACCCCAGAGAAAGCUAAAAUCUGUCCAAACUGAAAAUUCAGACUUGAAAUUUUCUGACUUUUCAAUAACUUCAUUCAAUUUAAAGAACCCAGAAGGAGAAAGGGAAAAAUGGGGCGAGACGAGGACGAGAUGCGGGGGGAGAUUGAGGAGAGGCUAAUUAACGAGGAGUACAAGAUUUGGAAGAAGAACACUCCGUUUCUUUACGAUCUGGUGAUUACUCACGCGCUUGAGUGGCCGUCGCUCACCGUUGAAUGGCUGCCGGACAGGGAAGAGCCUCCGGGGAAGGAAUAUUCCGUCCAGAAGAUGAUUCUUGGGACUCACACUUCUGAGAAUGAACCCAAUUAUCUAAUGUUGGCCCAGGUCCAGCUCCCGCUAGAGGAUGCUGAAAAUGAUGCCCGCCAUUAUGAUGAUGAUCGAUCGGAUUUUGGGGGAUUUGGGUGCGCAAAUGGAAAGGUGCAAAUAAUUCAGCAAAUAAAUCAUGAUGGGGAGGUUAAUCGGGCUCGUUAUAUGCCCCAAAACCCAUUCAUUAUUGCCACCAAGACAGUUAGUGCUGAAGUAUAUGUUUUUGAUUAUAGCAAACAUCCGUCUAAGCCUCCUUUAGAUGGUGCUUGCAAUCCUGAUUUGAGGUUGAGGGGUCACAAUACAGAAGGCUAUGGUUUAUCAUGGAGUCAAUUCAAGCAGGGUCAUCUAUUGAGUGGCUCAGAUGACUCCCAAAUAUGCCUGUGGGACAUCAAUGCAACUCCAAGGAAUAAGACUCUGGAUGCCAUGCAAAUUUUUAAGAUUCAUGAAGGUGUUGUAGAAGAUGUAGCAUGGCAUCUCAGGCAUGAGUACUUGUUUGGUUCGGCUGGGGAUGAUCAGUACCUGCACAUAUGGGAUCUCCGUACUCCAUCUGGCAGCAAGCCUAUUCAAUCUGUAGUUGCUCAUCAAAGUGAGGUGAACUGUUUAUCUUUCAAUCCUUUCAACGAGUGGGUUGUGGCAACGGGGUCUACUGACAAGACCGUUAAGUUAUUCGAUCUACGCAAGAUUUCAACUUCACUUCAUACCUUUGAUUGUCACAAGGAGGAGGUUUUCCAGGUUGGAUGGAAUCCAAAGAACGAGACCAUCUUAGCUUCUUGUUGUCUUGGUAGGCGACUCAUGGUGUGGGAUCUUAGCAGGAUUGAUGCAGAACAGACGCCAGAGGAUGCUGAAGAUGGGCCUCCAGAGUUGCUUUUUAUUCACGGUGGUCAUACAAGUAAAAUUUCAGACUUCUCGUGGAACCCAUGUGAAGAUUGGGUGGUUGCAAGCGUGGCCGAGGAUAACAUACUACAAAUCUGGCAAAUGGCUGAGAAUAUUUAUCACGACGAAGAUGAUCUACCCGGAGAUGACUCCACUAGAGGAACCUAAUGUUUAUUUACGAAGAAUGUAUUUGGGGCAUAUUUCUUCUGUAGAGAUGUAUUAUUAUGUAUUAAGUUAUGAUUUUGAAUUUCUUUUCUAUCAUACCGAAUGCAGUUCUUGAUUCGGGCUGCAACCUAGCCUAGGUAUGUUAGUGGUUAGCUGAAAACACUUCUGUUUUGGCUAAAGCCUGUGCGGGUUGUAACCCAAGAAUAAAUCCCUUUUUUUUUUUUUU